AUGCGUUUGUCAAGUAUACUCACGGCCGCUCUGGCUGGCGGUAGUGCCGCGACUUUUACGGAACAUGACAGAUUGGCCGCGCAGGGCAUGAUCAAUUUAGGGCUCUACACAGCUCAGAAUGGUUAUCCAAGCCCAAAAACAUGCUCGCCGAAGAACUUGUCUGUACGACGGGAAUGGUCGCUCUUACUGAGAUCCGAGAAGUUGAAUUAUAUCGACGCCAUCAAGUGCCUGCACAGCAAGCCAGCGAAGACUCCAUCCGCGAUUGCUUCAGGAGCAAAAAACCGAUAUGACGAUUUCGUGGUAACACACAUUAUUCAGACCUACGAGGUUCAUGGAACGGCAAACUUCCUCGCGUGGCACCGCUAUUUCGUAUGGUCUUAUGAGCAAGCGCUACGCGAUGAGUGUGGUUACAAGGGCUACCAGCCUUACUGGAACUGGGCAUGGUGGGCUAAGGAUCCAACAAAAUCGCCACUGCUUGACGGAAGCGACACGAGUAUCUCUGGAAAUGGCGCAUAUGUUGCUGGAAGGAACUUUUCCUGCGUGCCUGAUCAGGCUCGUUGCUUCAUACACCUUGAACCUGGUUCGGGCGGUGGCUGCGUUGAGAAUGGGCCACUGAAAGAUUGGACUGUUCACCUGGGGCCUUUGAAAACCUUCAUGCAGGGUCUUCCCCCGAAUCCCCAAGCCGACGGGUUAGGCUACAAUCCGCGCUGCCUUGCCCGAGACCUCAACAAACAGGCCGCACAUGCGGCUCGUGAUGAGGAGAUCGUCUCCCUCAUCAAAGGUAGCAACAAUGUCCUGGAUUUCCAGAACACAAUGCAGGGGGAUUUUGCUGGUGGGCUCCUUGGUGUUCACAGCGGAGGGCACUACACUGUUGGCGGAGACGCCGGAACCGAUUUGUUCAACUCGCCAUCUGACCCAGCCUUCUUCUUCCACCAUGCCAUGGUCGAUCGAGUGUGGUGGAUUUGGCAGAAUCAGGAUAUCAAGAACAGGCAAAACGCCCUUGAAGGCACCAUCACCUUUUUGAACAGGCCGCCAAGCCGCAACGGUACCCUCGAGGACAAUUUGGGUUUUGGGGACUUUAUGGAGUUCCCAAACAUCACCAAUGCCGACGCUAUGAGCACACUUGCUGGACCCUUCUGCUAUGUUUACGCCUAG